CCAGGGGGUCCGCGCGCCAGACAGGAUUGAAAUUCAAAAGCACACUGUUCGCGUGACUGGCUGUGCGCUGUUCCUUGGGCACCCUUGGACGCGGUGAUUUGCUCAGCAUCGAGCUUCUGUCGCCUGGAACGUUACUAUCAGUGAUCUGAUGAUAUUUUAGUUUCCUUUGGGAUAGGCGCUACAACUUAUGCUAGCGUGGUUUGAAAUCUGCAUCAACAUCUGUCAUGGAGCGAGUGUUCAUUCGAAGUUAUUCAUCGGCGCUCAGCAUUUAUUCGAAGUCUCCUCCGUGUAAAUUACUCAUCGGAUACUUCCAUAGAUCCAUCAGCAACUCCCGUCGUGCGUUUUCAUGUUCUCUGAAACGAAAUUCACCGCCACUUAUGUACAGCCUUGUGGUAUUCCAUCGCGGCGGGCUCUGGAGAUAUCCCUCAGCGUGCAUAACAGUUAUUUCAAACCUUUUAUUUUUACUUUGGGAUAUAAUGCUGAGCUAUGAGUCUGAAAGCCAUUUCACCGUUGACGCUGAUGUGCUGAAAUUCUGCGCCCAUCUAUCUGUGGCAGCAUGGUAUGCAUUUAUCAUGUUUGUGCUCUAUUCAGUUUCAUCUCCUCACCCAUCCGUACCUGCCGCCACGAAUAUCCAUGAGAUUCUGGAAGAUAGCACAGGAUAGCGCCCAGUGUCAGCAGCCGGUUCGUAGACGCGCUCUUUUAUCAUUGAUGUGUUUGUCAUCCAAGUCUCAACGUUGCCUUCUAUCUGUGACA